AGACCUGAAAAGUGGAGCACAUGGCAGAGUGGUUGGCGAUGGAGACAGCAGCAAUGGGAGGCCGUACAGCACCCUAUGGUCAAAAAAUGGAACACACCAGCAUUUUGGGGGAACCUGAAAGUGGCACAUGGCAAAAGUGUGGCGAUGGAGACAGCGCAAGGGAGGCCGAAAGGGGGCCCCCAGAGAACUCGGACCGGCAGCAGCAUGAGGAGGCGGUAUAGGGGCCCAUGGCAGAUUAGGGCCUGCAGAGUUUGGGGGCCCCGAAAAUCUGCCAGAAAACCCCUAUUCAAAAAAGGGGAACACCCAGCAUGUGUGGGGAGACCUAAAGUGGCC